AAGGCUAAAGGUCGUCCGUCUCUCUUUUGAUCCCAAUAGUCGUAGACCGCUUUGUCUGUUGACUGGGUAUACUUCGCUACUCUCUGCAAGACGCUUUCAGGGCUUUCGAGCCCGUGCCAACCUUUUACCAACUUCUUCACUCUUUCUUUUUACGCGAUAGUAGAAUACGAUGCCCGAGAUAGACGCCUUGGUCAGGGGCUACCGCCACCUGCAUGACUUUCCCCGAGCAAACGAUGCUUUGCAAAUCCUCAAGAAAGUCGCCUCCCUGGCGAAGCCGAUCAUGCGGGCGCGCAAUUGGAAGAUCUCCGAGCUGACAGAGUUCUUCCCCGAUGACGGCAAACUCCUCGGACUCAACGUAAACAAGGGAAAGCUAGUGUGUAUCCGUCUGCGAUACCACAAUGACAGGACAAUCUUUCUUCCCUUUGAGGAUGUCGUCGACACGAUGCUGCACGAGCUUUGCCAUAACACCAUCAGUCCUCACAACUCGUCCUUUCAUGCGCUUUGGAACCAGCUACGCGAUGAGCUCGAAGCCCUGCACCGAAAGGGCUUUACGGGCCAGAACUUCCUAUCCUCCGGGCAGAGACUUGGUGGAGGGAGGAUGCCGCAGCAGGAGAUUAGAAGGCUGGCACGUGAAGCUGCUCAGCAACAGCAGGCAGCACUAGCCCGGCAAGGUUUCUCCCGCCGACUCGGGGGCGAGAUACAGAGUGGUUGGGACCAUGUGCGCACCGCCGUGCCCCCCGCAGCGCGGAGACGUCAAGAAACAAGGAGGGUCUGCAGUAACAACAUGACGGAGCGCCAGAUCAUUGAUCUGACGCAGAGCGCGAAGGAUCACAGCACCAUGACAGCAGCAGAGGGGGGGGAAGCGAACGAGGCGGCCAUAGCGCAGGCCUUGUGGGAGAUGACCCAGGAGGAUGAGAAGAAGGCACUCGGCAAAGACUACGUUGCACCUUCGCAGGAAAACCCCACGGGCAGCGGUGGAAAGCUGGGCAUGGGCGGCAGAUGGUCGUGCCAGGUGUGCACGCUGGUGAACCCGGCAGCCUAUCUCUGCUGCGAUGCUUGUGGUAGCGAGCGUUCCGCCGGUGGAAUCAUUCCUGCCAGCAACCCUGCCAGCAACAGCGGUGGCACGCCGCGGCCACAAAGUCCAAGUCCAACACAACGGGUCCCUGACACGGUGGAUCUCACGGGAUCACCGAGUCCGCCUCGGCCGGCAGACAAGAAACGACGUCGCGUGGAGGAGUCGCCAGCAAUGAAGCCAACAAGGAGGACCAUGCUACCGCCGACAUGGAGAUGUGUGUGGUGUAGCAAGGUGAUGGAGCAGCAGUGGUGGACGUGCAGUGAGUGUGGCCGAAUGAAGGACAGGUCGUAACUCGUAACCGUAGCGACCGGGCACGAUUGGGGAUCUGGCGGGUUCAUGGGAAAUGCAUGUUGUUUGAGAAUCCCAU